AUGAAUCAAGAGGAAAGGACCAACGAACUCCAAACGGCAUGCCUAGCCAUCGAUUGUUUUCCAGAUGAAAUUUUAGCACAUUCUAAAGUGAGAAUUUACAUCUUUUCACAAAAUACAGACAACCUCAGAAAUGAUGAGGAGUUGACGACUGACAUGUGGAAGGACACUCAACUCGUGGGGCUUUGCACACUUCAUGUAAAUUAUUUGGAUCAUUCACCGAGAAUUUAUGUCACAAAUUUACUCACUCGACAAGUGUGUUUUCAUGCAAAAACUGUUUUAGAAUUAAAGAUUCAAGAUCCGAAAUGGAUAAGUUUCAAGUUUAAAGAACAGGACUAUACGGUUGGAAUGAGAUUGUUGGAUGAAGAUGACACACGUGAACAGUUCAUUGCAAAAUUCUCUGAAAUUCUGCUUCACAAAUACAGAUCUGAAAAAGAGAAUUCUGAAAAUCGAAAACUUGAAAUGCAGGUGGACAAGAUCAAACUUCAUGAUAAAAAGAAGCGUUUUUCCUUAACUUCCAUAUUUAGGAAAAGCAAGCAGCAAAACUUGUCGCCUCGAGCAAGUAUUGUUCCGUCGUCUGAUCUUCAACAUCCUGAAAAUAUUAGAAUCUCAAUGCCCAAAGCAGAAAACUUUAGUCACGUGACACAUAUUGAAUACGAUCAAGAAACCAAUCAAUUAGUCGAUGUCGAUCCCAAUUCCAGAAAAUCUCACGAACAAAAACGAGUUGAAAAUUUCGAUGAAAUUCAACAUAUACCUCCCCAGUCGACUGAAACAUAUACUCCAGAACAACAGCAAUCACUUCUUGAAGAAUUACAAAAAAUCGAAGAAGCAUUCUGCGGCGCGACAGCUUCGAAACCUCAAUUACCUGCUUUACCUCCAAAACCCGUAUCUCGAAAAUCAAAAGAUGAGAACAUUGAAUUAUUUAAUGCAAUUCGAGAACGACGGUCGAACAUUGAAGGAGACUCUUCCACGGCUGGUGAAUUAUCGGACUUGUUUUGA